AUGAUUUUGACAGCAGCAACGCCCAUUCCGCAAGAUGAAGAAGUUGGAAUACGAUUGUUGAGGAUUCGGAGGAAUGAAUACAUGCAUGAACGUUGUAGUACUGGUGGUGAAAAUCGUGGUCGUUCAGGUCAUUCACCCGAUUACGGAUUUGGUCGUCGUGAUAAAGCAUCUCCUAUUUUGCUGAAUCCAUGGUAUCCUCACCCACAUCAACACGUGUUUGAUGUGCAUGAUGAAAAUUAUACGAGGCAAAAGAAUGAAAAAUUGCAACGUGAUUUGCAUAGAACUCGCCACAUGCCACCACCAUCGCAAUACAAUCCCAAUCAUUAUAGACCUCAUCACUCUCCACCAAUGCAGUAUUUUACAAGUGGAAACAUACCAGGCAUGCCACAGGGACCACCACCUCCACGAUUAUUGAGACCAGAAGGAAAGAGUAAACUAAAACACCUCGUAAGGCAGCAGCAAGAGGAAAAAGCUUCAAGACACAAACUCCUAUUGGAUCCUUUUCAUCCUGCCAACAAUGUCGUGGCGUGCUCGGAGGAUAUUAAGGAAGACCUUAAGAAAAAGCACAAAAAGAUUAUCAAGUUGAAAAAGUAUGACUCAAAUGAUAAUUCCAUCUCGGAAGACUUGUCUAUUCAGUUACUCAAAGCAAAUUAUCCAAUGUAUAAUAUUGCAAACGGCAUCAAGUAUUAUGCUGACGAAGAAAUUCAAGACCAAUGCCCAGAAACAUCAUGCUCUACAGAGAGCAACAACAUCACAACCAUAGACAAAUCCGUUCAAAUGAAUUCAACCAUUUUAGAGGAAUGUACACAAACUGAGGGUCGUGCAAUGCCACCUGUCAAUGUUUCUAAUUUAGGUAUUCAAACUAGCCCUGAAGAGCAGAAAAAAGCUCCAUUGAAAGGAGAACAGCUGCUAGAGGUUUUGAGGAAUUCUCGUAUUAUGGAUCUAGAAACCUAUUUUCAACUAAUGGAAAAGCAAGAACGAGAAGGAACGUCAAAUUCUGCUUUGGAUAUAUCUAUCCUUAACAACACGGCUCAUUUUCCUGAAGUUCCUAUCGCAACUCACACUAAGGGAAUUGCCGAUUCGCGUGACCUUCCCAAUGUAAGCAAUAUUCAGUGUGUCAAUUCAUCGACCGAUUCAAAACUGACUUCAAGAAUUCCUCUAACCAAAAACUCCCCAUCCAAAGCUAUCGAAAUUACGUAUGCUCUCGAAGAUUACAUGACGCCUGAAAAUGUGAAUCAAGAGAAACCCACUGUCACAGUAACAAAACGCCCCUCUGAACCUCUACGCUGCGACGAUCAACCGUACAAAUUGCCACUCACUGACAUGAAACAACUACCAACGAUGCUUACAAGACCAGAAUCCCAAUCAUCUGUCCACCACUCAUCAUCAACGUACUCUAAUGUUGUGAAAUCUGAACAAUGUGACCACACACCUGCAAAUGCCCGACAAAAUGUUGUACCCAUUCCAAUAGCUCAAGCGGCCACCACUGCACAGCUUGAGGAACCAUUCUCUAGUAUCAUUACAUCCAACGUUGAAAAUGUUAAACCCUCUUGUCACUUCAAUGAAGAGCUAAAACCUCCACCAUUCGAAGAAAGGAUAAUUUAUCUUGACCAAGAAAAGCCGCAACAAACUCUGGAAAAUCCAUCUUAUCCUACAUAUUCUCCUACAUACAUGGAUAAAGUAAUUUAUAUCGAUGAGUUGAGGAAAGAAACAAGGCCAAGCUCGUGUGAUAAAACUGAAAAAGCAAGCGAAGCUGACUUUUCCAGUGUGGAAAUACCCUACUUUGAGGAGCGUAUUAUAGAUCUUGGAAGAGCUCACAAUUCGACACACCUCAUUGAACAAGCUGCUGUUGACGACGACAACAUGAGUGUCACAACCAUUGGUAGUCAGGAAACCUAUGAAGAAUAUCUCCAAAGAGUUGGAAUUGAUAUCACAAACAUGCCAUUUUCAUCGGAGGCUGUAAAAAAGAAAUUGGAGCUUCAAAUGGCUAUUUCAGCUCGAAAUUCUUUAAAUUUCUCACGAGGAAGUCUACUACUACCCCAAGACUUUGAUUUUGGCAAUCAAUCGUUUUUAUCAACCUUAAAUAGCAGCAUUGCAAGUACUUUGAGAAAUUCAAAGCUCAACAAUCUGACACGAAAAGAAGAUUUAGAAGCUAGAAAAAAAUCAGAGCAAAAAAAGGAGGAGGAACCAUGUGAAAAACAUACCACCAAUCCCAAACAGCCAGAAACAGUCGAAUCAAUCUUGAGAAAUAUUUUACAAAGCUCCAACAAAAUCAAGUCCAAAUUGGCAAAACGUAAUGAAGAAGAACAUGUCCACACUCCCUCAAUUCUGAACCAAAAGAAUAUUCAUAUUGAGGAAAUUGAAGAGUACAAGAGUCUUGUUACCAAACUAGAUCAGGAAUUUAUGACCAAUGCUGACUAUCUGAUUGCACAAACAGAAUUAAUGAAGGAAGAAACGGAAGAAGCAUUGGGUAGAAUCAAUAGGCUUCAAUUUAUCAAGAAGGAACGAUUUAAUGAAUCUUUGGAUGCUGUUUAUCAUCAAAAGCGGUAG